GUUUAGAAUUCUGUGACCUAUCACCAACUCUCCAAAUUUCUUGUUAUCUUGAGAAUGAACGAGUGCUUAAAAAGAGGUUCUGCUCAGUGGAAGGAAGUUGUUACAUGGCUAAGAAAAACGUACUUCAAUAUUGAAGAUGAGAAUCAUUCUUCAUCACAACUUGAACAUCAAGAGAAUCAGCCUUUAUCAGAAGUUGUAAGUCAAGAUAAUUGGCCUUUAUCAGAAGUCUUGCAUCAAGAGAAUAAGCCUUUAUCACAACUUGGACAUCAACAGAAUAAACUUUUAUUACAACCUGGAUGUCAAGAAGCUGUCAGAUUUGUGUGGGAGUUUGUGUAUCAUCACCUUUUGAACCAGAAUACAGAGUCUCUGUCAUCUACUUAUAAAGUAGAGUGUCAAGAAUUUUCCAGGCUUGUACUCCUGUUUGCCGAUGCUGGACUGAUAGGAAAUCAAAAGGGUUAUUGUGUAACAUGGCACCAGAUAUUGAAACCUGUUGUGGAAAUCAUGUCCAAGGCAAAUUCUCGAGUCUAUCUGAAUCAAACUUUAUACUAUAAAGCAGUCCUGUUUCUGGUGGAGCUUAUUUUACAUGCUGAAACACUCAUGCAAGAUGACCAUGAUGAAGUUACAAUGCAAGUUGUAGAAGAAAUAACUCCUGCAGUGAAUGUGACUGCUGAAUACCUUGUAAAACAAUUAUGUAAAAGCCCGUCAAGUGUAAGUGAUGCAGAAAACAUUGGAAUAUGUGAUCUGGCUUUGAAAACACUGAGUAAGAGGAUAGAACUAAUUCCAGUGAUCCUGCCUCAUUUAACAUGGUUGUUAGACCACUGCAGAUCCAUAUUUUUAGAAGAUAAGGAAACAUGCGAGUCUCUUAGAUUGAUGUGUGCUUGGAGGUCACUACAUCUGGUUUGGAAAAUCAUCAAAGACAUAGCUGGCUAUGAAGAGCUAAUAGCCGAUUUUAGAAAUAAGAUUUCCAACAUAAUGUGUAUGUGUAUAAACAGUGGAGCAAUGGAAUUCUCAGUUGUUAGAAACCUUCCUAGUAGGUAUUCACAAGAGUCAGCUAGUAAUCUGAGGUAUAUUUGUGUCUCGGAUAUGUGGGAGUGUGUAUGUUUCCAUCUUGAAGCUCAUACCAGUGUGAUUCCUAGUGUCUUUUAUUUAGCUGUGGAUUUUUUGGAGACUGGAUAUGGUGCAGCUAUUCCUACAGUCAUUCAAUGUUUAAAGUACCUCGUUAAGCAGUUUGUACAUUCGGAGAAGGCUUUGGUUAUUCAGUGCAUAAAAAGUAGUUGGAAAGCAUGUUUGGAACUGAGGAAGAGUGAUUUGUUUUUACCAUCAGUAAAAGCGUUUGUAAAUAUGACCUAUCAACCAGAUAUACUACAGUGUCCAACACUAGCUUCGAGAUUGGAAGAGUUUUCAGAUGAAAUUUUCUCUUUGGGUGAAAAUUCUACAGGAAUAUUCAGUAUACUUGUCAGCCACUGCUGCCAAUUGUGGACAAACCACAUAUCAAUAGCCAAUGUAAACAUUUUAUGCAAGGCAUUAACAUUUGGACCGGUACACAGAAGAGAUCAAAGAAUUAUAAAUGAAAACAUUAACUUCAUAUUUAGUGAAGGUGAAGGUCUGUCAGUCAAUCAGUUGACGGAAAGCAGCAAGCUUAAGGAAGACAAAGUAGUCAGGACCUAUGCUGUGUGCCUUAUAACACUGAUGAAAGAAUCAUACCAAGAGCUAGCUAGUAGGAUCAUUGACUCCCUCAUGAGGCUAAAUGAGGAACUAAAUGCUUCCAAAUCACGUUAUUUUAACAAUUCUCUUCACCAUCUCACGAAGACUAGAAUCUGGCAGUCCAUACUGAUUCUAUAUCCCUCUUUAGACAAGGUAACCUGUCAUAAACUUUUGAAAUCAACUUACGACCUUUUGGAAGAAGAAAAUCAACAACCAUCUGUUCGAUACCUUCUAGAGUUUUUAGCAGUACGAAUUCUUCUUGUUUAUCCAGAGUUUCAAGAUGACUUGAAAGAAAAUCUAAAUGAAGCUGGAAGAAGGAGAGUAGGCAGUGUAGUCUCCUUCUUGUCAAUCCUGGUUUUACUAAGUUCCUCACUAAAACCCGAUUUACUAGAAACUCACCUUCUUCAGUGGAUGCCUCGUGUAAUACCAUGGUGUAUGGCUCAAAAUUUCAACACUAGGAUAUAUGCUCAAGUUGCCAUGUUUAAGCUGUGGAAACUGUCCAAAUGUUACAACUUGAAAGCUGUUCAGAAAAUAUGUGAGCCACUGCAAUCUUGCUUUGAAUUCAGUACAGAAAGUAG